CGCACAUCAAAAAAGUCCCCCAUGCCGCCGCCGCUGCUGCUGCUGCUGCCUCCGCCUCCUCUGUCCCCUCGCACCCACCUCACUGCCAAGUAGGCCCCACCAUGCACCAGCUCCUUCCCCCCGCCUCCUCCUCCUCCUCCUCGUCGUCGCUCGUGUCGCGCGCCCGCACCGCGAUCCACUCCGCCGCCGCCCGCGUGCUCACCGACAUCAAGGCCGACCUCCGAGAUGCGGACGGAUCCGGGGGGCUCAGGGCGCCGUCGUCCAGGGCGUCGGCGGAUCGGCCGGCCGCCGACGCGGGGUCGCCACGCGACGAGAUUCCAGAUAUAACCCACUCACCGGAUGGGGAUAGCGCAAAUAUUGAAUCUGACUCAACUUCUUCGACAAAGACGGCCUUUCCUUCAGUUUCAGUCGUUAAGCAGCUGGUUGCUGCCAUUGACAACGGUAAAAAUUUCAAGUCAAUGAAUGAUAUGAGGUCUAAUGGAGACCAACUACUGAAAGAGAAAGGGGGCUUGAGCUUAUCUGUUGUUAAAUCACUUGUUCGCCGUGAAAAGGAUGAAAGAUCGAGCUCUGAAUUUGUUGGUGAUGAUGAAACACAAUCUUUGAUGUACUCGUUGUUCAAAUUAGAGCAACAUUUUCCCCAUGACAAAAGUCAAUGCAACUCAGAGUUGCAACAUUCGAUAUCUUUGCCCAAGGAUCUACAUGGUGCACCACCUGGAAGUUUUACUCAUCAAAUAGCAGAGACUAUUGGCAAUAUUAGUUCUGUAUACAAAAUGGCGUUCUUUUGGCAAUCCCUAGUUCUUGAGUUGAAGAAACUAUGGUCCGAUGGGCAACCGGUGCCUCGGAUGCCACUGGAUGCUGCUCCGGACUUGAAUUGUUGUUUACUGCAUCAGGAGAUACAAGUCAUCAAUUGCUGCAUUGCCAGGAAAAAACGAAGAAAAGCUGCUAAAGAAUCACUGGAUUCAUUGUUAAAACGCUCAAGUAUCGAUAACUCAAAUCACUUGUAUUCAAAUGGGGAGUCUCCUGACAACGAGAUGUAUGUAAAAGGUACCGCUGGUGAUAACGUUCUCCGGCUUGGUGCUGAUCAUCCGUCUGAUAACUUAACAUUGUUGGAAACUGGUGAGCCUGUAUAUUCUCCAACUCUGCAGGAAGGCCCCAUUAUGACAGCAGAGCUUAUAAAAGAAACAGAAGAACUUGUCUUAAGAACUGGAAGUGUUGGUGCUGGGUGCUCUCAACUUCUAUCAGAUAUGCAAGCCUUCAAGGCUGCAAAUCCAGGGUGUGUCCUGGAAGACUUCAUUAGAUGGCACUCCCCACCUGAUUGGUCUGAAGAUUGUGCAGCAAGUAGCACGGAAGCUGGGGAGGGCUUGUCUACACGGGGCCGUUUAAGUGAGAGAAUGCAAACAAAAGAAGGGAACUUGUGGAAGGAAUUGUGGGCGGCUGCAAAACCAAUACCUGCUGUUGAACAGGCACCUAUAUAUGAUGAAGAUUUAGCUGUGGAGAGCAUCUUUGAUGCCUUGGAAGUUAUUGAACCGUCAAAACUUUUUGAGCAGCUACUAGCUGUCGUUCUUUCUGUAUGCUUUGCAGCAGCAGAAUUGGUGCUUCCGGCAGGUAGCAAACUGUCGAAAUUAUUCUACGACUCUAAAGACUACAUAAUUAGCAUUUACCAAGAUGACAUGUCAAAAGAGAAGCUAGACGAGAUAUGCAAGAUCUACGAGACGAUGGAAGCCAUAGUAACUCACCCAGAAGAAACUCUUCAGAUCAUGGAGGCACCUGAUGAAAAAUCUCUUGAGAAUAAAAACCGCUUCAAGCUGAAGCUCAACUUUAUUGGCAAAGAUCGCCAGCCACUAUGGAAGCGUGCACCAAAGGACCUGAAGGACGAGAAAAAAUCAUCACCGAAUGACGAGAGAAAAUCGCCAGAGGAAAGGAGCACGAAAAUCUUCUCAAACCUUCUUGACAAGAAGGUUUCCAUAUUCUCAAAAAGGAAUUCAAAAUCACCAGAGGUACCGCCACCGCCUCCCCCUCCAUCUGCUCCUGGACCAUUCGAUGAUAGUGAGUGGAUGAUUUUGUAGAUGCAAAUUAUGGGUGUUCCCUUUGUACCAACUUGUAGAGAAUUGCCCCCCAAGAUGUCGGGAAUAAGCUCAAGCUGUAAAUACUCGAUCCAAUUCAUUAACCCUUCUGAAAUAAAGCAAAAAAAGAAAGAAAGAAAAAAAAAGAGAUGAAGGUUUCAAUCUAA